AUGAAAGAGCAGCCCACAUGGUCCUCGAUCUUCGAGCCAUCGGUAAAGACUUUGAUUCUAGUGGUUGGUUCUUCUUCUGCGGUGCGUAUGAGUAGUCUUACAUCAAGACCUUUUAGUGUUGGGCGAAAAGCAGUGGAAGAGCAUCGCAGUCUUUUAGUGAAGGCCGAAGCAAGAGCUGCAGAACUAAGAAGUCAAGUUGAUAAAACAGACAGGGACCUCACUUCUCUACGGAAAGAAUGUAACCAGCUCAGGAAUGAGCUGGAGGACGAAAGAAGUCGGCUGAAGCAAAAUGCUGACAAACGCCAAUCCGAAAUCAGCAUCAGCUGGAGUCGAGAACGAGAGGAUCUCAGACGAACCAUCAACGAACUGAGAAACAGAAUCGAAGUGUUGCAGCACCAAGUAACAGAGAAUGAGAAAAUAUUCGUAGAGAAAGAGUCUCGAUUACGGGAAGAGUUUAAGCGUAAAAAAGACAUCGCAGUAAGAGAAGCGAGAGAAAAAGGCGAGGCCGCCUUGGAGUUGGUAAAAGAAGAGGAGAAAAUCCUGAGAAACAAAAUACAAGAGCUAACAGAUAAAUUAGAGAAGACUGAAAUUUCUUUACGAGAGGCUGCAGAGAAAGCUCGUAAGGCAGCUUCGGAGCACAGACGAGAAAAAGAGGAAUGGUCGUCAGAAAGGGAAAGCCUGGAGACCGAAAUUCGUUCCGAAGUCAAGAAGCGGGAGAAAGCGGAGAGAGAUUCGGAGCAACUCUUGAAGCAAAAGGAGGAGGAAGUCCUCCUCAGCAAAGAAAGAGUUGUCGCCUUGGAGAGGGAGCAGAGGCGCCUUCAGAUGCAGCUGGAGGAAGUGGAAGACUUGCAACAAAAAAUCAAAUUAAUGGAGCAAGAAGCGAGCAAAAUGAAAGAAGAGUACGACCAUCUAACAGCAAGGUACGAUCAGCUGGAAGACGACUUCGUGAAGACAAAAGCUAAGCUGGUUCAAGAGAAAGAACAGCUGGAAAAUAGCCUCAAUAAAGUCAAAAGAGAAUACAAUGAGCUUAGUUUCGAGCUGAAUUCUUUGAAAGAUACUUACAAGAGCCGCCAGGAUAACUGGAUAAAAGAAAAACUAGACAUGCAGGAAAGAAUGAAAGAGCUGAACAGGAGGAUGGAAAGGUUAAAAACCGUUGAACAGGAGAGAAGAAGAUUGCAAGAUUUAGUGGAUGAAAAGGAAACUCUGAUCGAAUCUUAUAAGAAAGAAGAGAAGCAUCUUAAAGAAGAAAGAGACAGACUCAGGAAACGAGUGGAUGACUUCACAAAAGCCAUGGAAUCACGUGACCGUCCUAUUCCUUGGUCGCGAGUUUCGGACAAUGAGGAUUCAAAGCUGAGCGCAGAGCUGGAAUCUACCAGACGAGACUACGAAGGCCGCAUGACACUUAUGUCGUCUGAGAUCACCAGUAUGCAGUCCCAGAUAGCCAGCUUAGUAGAGGAGAGAGACAACCUCAAAUCUCAGCUAUCGUCUGCAGAACGAAAUGCCGAGGAAAUGAGGACUGGGUCGUUGAAGAGAGAAAGGGCAAGGCACAGAGAAGAGGCAGAGAUUGCAAGAAGAAAAGUUCAGGAGUUGCGCUUUCAGAUGGAAGAUCUCCGUGAGCAGCUUGACGAUUCUCUUCUGGAAAACAAGAAUUUGAAACUCCAGAUAGAAACGGACAAGAAUGCUUUCGAAAUCCAGUUAUCAGAAUUGAAAUCUAAGAUCAAUCAGCUGGAAGAACAGAAGAUAAUGGAAUCUACUCGCGGUCAAACUCGGAAUAUCGCCAAGACAAGACUGGAAUUGACUUGGGAAAAAGAACGUGGCGAGUUGCAGCAUUUGUUGAGUGAGAGCCAGAAACUAGUGUCGGACCUGAGAUCUCGUCUGGAACAAACGGAAUUGGAAAGAGAAAAGGAAAAACAAGCAGUCAGGAAACAAAUGUUGGAAAUGAGAUCUUCUACGGAAAAGGAUCACCAAGACAGCCGGCGGAAGAUGAGCGAGCUCCACAGCAGUCUACUGGAGAUUCGCGAAUCUCAUGCAAAACUCCGAGGAAUGUACGAUCGUAUGAAGAAAGAACGAGAAAUUCUUCUAAAAGAGAGAGAAGAAUGGAGAAUAAGACUUCAGGUAGCCAUGCAAAUGCAUUCCAAGAUCAAUGAAAUCGUGCAAGACGUCGAGAAAGUAAGUGCUGAGGUUUCUUCGCAUUCAGAGAAACCUACUUUACCCAUGAGUCCGGAGUUUAAAGAAACUAUUCAAAAGGUUAAAGACCAUUUCGUGGAACUUCAGAAAACCGCUGCUGUUCUAAAAGAAGAUGAACGGUUAAAGAGAACUACUUCCUUUAGAAGAGCUGUUUCAGCCCAGGAGGUGAACAAAGCUCACGAUCCCAUCCAGCGCUGGAACAAUCCUCAACGAGUGACGAACUAUCCUCUGGCUCCUCCCAGUAUGAUCAUUCGUCCUCCCCCCAGACAGAAGUCCUUGAACAGGAAAUCCCUGUCAUUGGACCACACUCUGAUGGGGACCACUCACGAACAGAGGCUCAAGAUCUGGGAAUCGGAGGGAGAAAGCGUAACGUCCACACCGGCCGGAAGCCUCUUAAGCCUUGGAGGCUACGGAUACGAAACUGAUUCCUCCCUUCCAGAUUCUGAAUACAGGUAUGGUGGCAUCAGUCAAGACAGGAGGAGAUACCGUGUCCAGACACCAAGUGGCAUGACGACGGACAGUGAGGCCCCUAUGUCUUCCAGAGAGGGUAGUGUGGAUCCGGGAGGUAGCACAGAAAGUGUUCCAAUAGCAGCACAACAACACAGAACAACUUUAAAAGAAAAACUGAAAAUGCUGCGACGAACCAAAAGCAUCGACGUUGCAAGCGGGCGUAAAAUAGGCGCAGACGAUUCUUCCAAGAACGCCAAAGAAGAAAAAGAACAGAGUCUUCGAUCAAAGAUAUCUAAAGUCUUGAAGAAACCUUUAGGAAGGAGCUUCAGUGACUCACAUAAGUCUGCACCUGCUUUGCCACCAAAAGGUGCUGUGCCUGAUGUCAUACCAAGUAGACCAACAGCAGAGAAACCAUUAUCAGCGAGUCGAGGAGAGUUGAGCACUCGGAGGCCUGCUUCCCAGCAAAGCAAGAGGCCGCAAACACCUUCAAAACAAAAAGUGGAAACUCCAGUUUGAGAAAUGAACCUUUUUAUUCCUUACACAUUUAUAUUGACCUCAUGUAAACAAUAAAAUACCCUUUUUCUUGUU